CCCCAUGACUGCACCGGCCCUUUUGGGGCUCGAUCCUCCUUUCGGCCUCCCAGUAUCUUAUCCCUUGAUUUCUUCUCCCCAAACUCGCGUUCUUCACUUCUGUCUUUCCCCGGCGACAUCCUGCACCCCGUGCUCAUUUUCUUUCAAACUGUCGCCUUUGUUUUCACCCUCUCUUUCGUGACACUCGUUGCACUGUGACUGGACUUUUCUCAUUCUUUCCUGCCGCACAAAGGUCCUGUCAUCACCUGGGCUCGCCGAUUGGAAGGCACUGUCACCCCAGUUUUCAUCCAAGACUCGUUUCAACUUAGGUCCUUCGACCGCACCCACUUCAGUCUUGUUUUCUUGAGCAAUCCAACCUCUGCAUACCUUGUUCUUGGAUUACAUUACACAAGUCAUCCUCAUCACGAUGAAGCCUUUUACCGCUGCCGCGACUAUGGUCGCAGGCGCUGCUUUGUUGCUCCAAUCUGCUUCCGCUGCCGACCUGCCUGCUAUUGUCAUCAAGGGCUCAAAAUUCUUCUAUGAAAACAAUGGUACUCAAUUUUACAUGAAAGGCAUUGCCUACCAAGAGGAAUAUUCCGCCAAUAGCACCGCCUCAUCGACAAACUCCACCGAUAACUACGUCGACCCUUUGGCAGAUGCUGCCAAGUGUCAGCGCGAUAUCCCCUACCUGACCGCACUGGGAACCAACCUUAUCCGUGUUUAUGCCAUCGACCCAACGGCCAACCACGACCAGUGCAUGCAGAUGUUGAAUGAUGCUGGCAUCUACGUUAUCGCCGAUUUGUCCUCCCCCGGUAACUCCAUCAUUCGUUCCGACCCUGCUUGGAACGAUGAUCUUUACGCUCGCUACACCGCUGUCAUCGAUGCCCUUGCUGGCUACUCAAACGUCAUGGGUUUCUUUGCUGGCAAUGAAGUCUCCAAUAACAAUACCAACACUGAUGCCAGUGCAUUUGUCAAGGCCGCUGUUCGUGACAUGAAGGCAUACAUCAAGGCUCAAAACUACCGAGCUAUUGGUGUUGGAUAUGCCACCAACGACGAUGCCGAGAUUCGCGAGGACCUGGCUAACUACUUUGAUUGUGGUAAUCGUGACGACGCCAUCGACUUUUGGGGUUACAACAUCUAUUCGUGGUGCGGCAACUCGAGCUUUACCGAGUCAGGCUACGAUCAGCGUACUGAAGAAUUUAAAAACUACAACGUUCCCGUUUUCUUCGCCGAAUAUGGUUGCAACGAAGUUCAACCUCGCCGAUUCACCGAGGUUGAGGCCCUCUAUGGACCUGACAUGAAUGAAGUGUGGUCUGGCGGCAUCGUCUACAUGUAUUUCCAGGAAGCGAACGACUAUGGUCUCGUCACCGUUGAAGGCAACUCUGUCUCUACUUUGGCCGAUUUCAACUUCCUUGCCACUCAGAUCGCCAAUGCCAACCCCACCGGUGUGAACUCGGCCUCUUACAACCCAACCAACACCGCUGCUGCUUCGUGCCCGGCCGUCAACGCUGCCUGGCGUGCAACCGAAGAACUUCCUCCUACUCCUAACCAGAAGCUCUGUGAGUGCAUGUACGCGGCCUUGACUUGCGUCCCCAACAAUGUUGACAGCGAGGACAUCGGUGACCUCUUCGGUGUUGUAUGUGGAUUGUCCGAUGGUGUCUGUGACGGUAUUACCGCCAAUGCCACCUCGGGCGAAUAUGGUGCAUAUGGCAUGUGCAAUCCCCAGCAACAACUCGGCUGGGCCCUCAACACCUACUAUGAGCGUGCCAGAGCUGCUGGCAACGGAGCCUCGGCCUGCGAUUUCUCCGGAUCUGCUACCAUCCAAUCCCCUGUCACACCGACUGGCACUUGCAACGAUUUGAUCCAACAGGCCGGUAGCGACGGUACUGGCACCGUGACCUCGGCCCCCAGUGGCACUGGUCGUGCUUCAGGAGGAAGUGGAUCUGGCAGCGGUGGCAGCAGCAGCACUUCCAAUGCUGGUGUGCCGACCUUUUCCGGCCCAAGCCACAUUGGCCCCAUCCAGAUCGGAAUCUAUGUGGCGGUUGCAGUUGUCUCGGGUGCUGGCAUGAUCUUGUUGUAAAGCAUUUUAACUGAAGUGCGCAAUACAUGGGUCGAAUACAUGGAGCGAGAGGCAGCGGGUUCCCAACUCUUGGCGAACAGGCAUAGCCACGACGACCAUGUUCGUGGUCGAGUGUAAAAGCAUUCUUGGAGUCUAGCGGGAGCUGAAGUUGAUUGGGUUUAACUAGUUCAUAGUCUUGUCCAAAAUAUAAAAACACCACAACAAAAUUGUACAGAGCAUA